AUGCGUGCAUGUCUUCAUCACAAUCUGAGCAUCAAUGUGUUUGGCCAAGAUAUCUAUCUCUUCUUCCAUCAGCCACCCAUUUUUCAUAUGCUGGAAGGGCAGCCACUGAAACUGGGUUGGUGUGCAUGCCCCAAGACUUCUAGCUGGUGCUAUCAUUACACUCACCAGUGGGAUUGCCUGGUGACCCCACUUGGAAUACCUUCCAAGCAGUGUGCUUCGAGAGCACACAUUCAAGUGUGUGAUGCACAUGGAGCAUAUUACCACAUAACUUUACCGACAAAAGUACACGGCCCAUCAAAAGAUGUUUUUCUAAAUGAAUUACAAAAUUUAAUUAGUGGACCAAGAGAUCCAAUAACAGCUGUUCUGAAAAGUAGGGCUUACUUUAGGGCACUUUAUCUCAUCUACAUGGUGGCUUCUACUUUAAAUGAUAUAGAAGUUUCGCCAAGAUUUCAUUCCUCUAAGACUGAGCUGCGGGAACUCCUUCUAAACAGGUCUGCAGGAAUUCCAACUACAAGUGUAACGGAAGCAAAUUUAAUGAUCUCAAAUAUUUUUCAAAUAACACAUGAAGUUGCUGAGAUAAACAGAAAAUCGCAACUACUUGCAAUACAAAAAAUCAAAGAAGUUAUUGAGGAACUGAAAAAACAUGGCAACAAAGAUUUGAGACUGAAGGAAAGAGAGAUGCUUGGCACUGCUAUUCUUGCAGGAUUGUCCAAUGUACAGAAAGCGUCUUUGUUAGAACGCAGAAAUAUCCACAUCAAUGGAAUUAAGGAAACAAUUUAUAUGACCGAGAUAUUAGCAGAUCUAGUCUUACAAAGUAAAAUUCCAGAAGAAAAUGAAACGAUUAUGGAGGUCAAAGACUGGACCAUCACACUGAGAAAAAAUGAAAAAGGGGGUGUUUCUGACGCAUCUUCCAAGAGAAGAGACAGCAAGAACUACUUUUACUUCAAAAUGAAACAGGAGGAUAGCGACGAAUUAACUAGAGAUUCUGUAGUUUCCAUUAUUCUUUAUGAGUUUGAUAAUAAUCCUUUUCCUUGGUUGCCAUACGCCGACGAUAUCAACACAAUGAUAACUGGAUUCAAGAUGACAGGAACCAAAUAUAAUGGCGACAGGAUCGGGAUCGUGCCCGAUGUUGCUGAAAUGAUCAUGACUAGAAAAGACGAGAAAAAGGAUGCCACUUUUCAGGUCAUGAUCAGACAUGACAAAAAGCUCCAUAAAGCCACAGGAGAAUUUAGUAUUGAAGUACGUAGGCAAUCCAAAAACAUUUUUAUUCAGAUUGUGACAAAUAAGAAAGCUGUUUUCCAAGUCUUUAUAUAUCCAGGUCUCAAGGUCAACUGUGAUCCUAUAGCUUCUUUCAGUGUUUCCUAUAAUAAGAUGGGAAAUUAUUCUAGUGAUGAUGACUGUGCAUUUAAGGGUCCUUACAUAGUUUGUCUUUCCCAGACAUUGCUCAGAUCCAUAUUCCAAGAUAGCAGAGCAGACAAACGGAACAUCUCUGUGGUUUUGCAGUCAGACCCAUGGAACAGAGGUACCCGACUUGUGCACGUUCGGCUCUUUACUGCUGAGUGUUUGUACCUGGAUGGAGUUGAAAGUCAUUGGACAAACGACUUCUGCAAUCUUGGUCCUCAGACCAGCUGGCAAAAGGUGCACUGCAUCUGCAGAGGCAAAAAGCGUGUUUCAAGGUCUGCAAACCCUCAGCUAAGAAGAGGCUUCAGCCACAGCACCACAUUUUUGGCUGGGAAAAUAACAGCCUAUUCAAAUCCAGUAGGGAUAGAAAGGACCCAGCCAACUCAAAUACACCAAAAUCUAGUGAUACUACUAACACUCCUUUUCAUAUUUUUAUUAUCCAUUGUUUUGGCUAUUUGGGCCAUGAGAAAAGACAGGGCUGAUAUAAACAGCAUAGAGCAUACUAUAGUCUUGCCAGACAACGAUCCCUUUGAUAAAGUGUGCUAUUUGGUCACGGUAUACACCGGCAGCCGUUUGGGAGCAGGAACGACCGCUGAUGUUUUUAUUCAACUGACAGGAGAAAAAGCCGUCAGUGAUGUACAUUGCUUAAAACACCCCGAAUACUUUACUUUUUUCCGUGGGGCCAUCAAUACUUUUCUUGUGACUAGUAAAACUGACUUAGGAGACAUUUAUUGUUUUAGAGUCUGGCACAAUAACGAGGGUUCUUCCCCAAACUGGUUCUUGAGCAGAAUUAAGGUGGAAAACAUAUACACAAAGAAGUCUUGGAUGUUCAUGUGCCGGAAAUGGUUCGCUCUCGAUAAAGGUGAUGGCUUAAUAGAUAGGUCAUUUAUUGUUGCUCAUCCGAAAGCACCUUUACACAAACUUGAUUUUUUCAUGAUAGACUUUGCUAAUACUGUAGCAGACAACCACUUAUGGCUCUCCAUCUUUGCUCACGUCUGUACUGGUUCUCUGAACAGGCUUCAUCGAUUGUUUGCUUGUUUAACAAUAUUGUUAUGCAUCCUGUUUGUCAAUAUUAUGUUUUUCAGCGCUGAUGAGGAAGAGCAAAUGUUUUCUGAACAUAUACGAUAUUUGAGGCCCGUCUUAAUUGGAGUUCAAGGGGCUUUUAUUUCCAUCCCUUUGCAAAUGAUUGUAACAGCUUUUUUCAAAUAUUCUCAAGAGGAGCCUUCAGUGCAGAGUACAACUCAGGCCCUGCCUGCACAAUAUUCUGCUUUCAUGUUUGGAAAUCUUAGUAACUGGAAAGAGUGUCUGCAAAAAUGGUACCUUAUAGAAACUGCUUCAAAAGAUGUGGGAGAUCAUUUCCAGGAGUCACCUCCCAAGGCCUUAGACUCACAGAAACAAGAACCAUCUAAAACGAUAACAUGGAAACACACCGCUAAAAAUUGGACCAACUGCACAAUUCCGGAGGGUGAUGCAAAUGUAAUUGCAAUAGAAGAUGACAUGGUACAAGGUGCUAAUACUAACAACAAUGUAAAUAAUAAUUAUCUAGAGAACCACAAAUCAUCUCCCCAAACUAGACCACCCAAUAUUGCCAACAUGGUGUUCUGUAAAAGGCCACAAAUCAAAAUAUCCUGGUGGAAUAGAUACGUUCUAUGGAUAUUCGUUUUGGUCACUUCUACAUUAUCAACAUUUUUUAUCCUACUACAUGGCCUGACCUUUAACUAUGAAGCUUCGGUAGAGUGGUUGGUAGCCUCUGUUAUUUCACUGUGGGUGAAUGUGUUUUUGCUUCAAAUUAUGAAUAUUGCUAUUUUUUCAGCCCUAAAGACACUCUAUCCUAAAAACUGUAAAAGUCUUCAGUGGUCAAGCAAAGAGGCCUACUUAGAGAUUAAACUAAGUGACAUAAAUAUGGAUGCGGAUGAUAUGCGUGAAUUACAUUACGAUUUAGUAAGAAUGAGGGGCACCAAGCAGUACCAUUCCCUGGAAGACGAUGAAAUCACUAUUUUUAAGAAAAGGCAGAAAAUCCAACGCCAAGCCUUCGUUUUCAUAAAGGAUGUUGCGUGCCAUUUUGUCUUUUUGAUCCUUGUUUUGAACAUUGCUUACUCCAUUGAAAACACCACAAGCUUUUAUUACAACCAGGAUAUCCAUAAUAAAUUUUCAAAUGGGCUCUCGCAUGUCACUAAAGUAGAGGACAUUUAUGCCUGGUUAAGAAAAGUCUUUCUGCCCUUGAUUCACAAUGACGAACAACCGACCUAUCUUUCUGAGACUUGGUCCAAAAUCCUUGGUGUACCCAGAAUGCGACAAGUAAGGGCAAAACAUACGAAAAAAGAAUGUUUCUAUCAACAAAGUUUUGUACAUAAAUUUGUGAUUAGUAAAAGCCAUUGUCUUCAUAAAUAUGGCUUUGACAGAGAAGAUCAACGAGACUAUCUUGGGUCCUGGACACUCCCAGCCGAUAAAUCUGUUUCUGAUAGUUUCACCAAUAUUUCAGGCUUCACUUAUCAAUCAGUUAGUGAUCCAUGGAAAUAUAGUUCAUAUGGAGAACUAAACACAUACGAAGCAGGAGGCUACACGUUUAAUUUUUACUCAGAAGAAAAUUUGCGGAAUUCAACAAAAAGAAUCGAUAUUUUAGAAGAGAGCAAUUGGCUUGAUGAAGAUACUUGGGCACUAAUUGUGGAGAUGACGACUUUUAAUUCAGAUGUAGACUUAUUUUGCAGUAUAUCAGUUAUAUUUGAGCUUUCUUAUUUGGGCCCUAUCAACACAACCUUGUGGAUCCAUUCAUACAAACUGCCAAUCUUCAAGGAGCUAAGCAAGACAGAAAAGUUUGUUUAUGUCGCUGUUGGUUACAUGCUCGUCUUUUAUAUUAUUGAUGAAUGUUACGUGGUGGAACGGCAAAGGCAAAAAUACAUCAAAACGGUCUCAAAUUUAAUUAAUUUGGGAAUAAAGGGUGUGUGCUUAUUCUUUCUCCUGCAACUUGCAUUCAAAUUUCAGCUGGCUACUGACAUAUCCGAGUUGCAUUUACUUCAGCCAGGUGAAUUCAUUCCAUUUCAUAAAGUUUCUCAUGUUGAUCGAACACUACGGAUAACAUUGGGGUUUUUGGCUUUCCUCAUCGUUUUGAAAACUCUCCGCUAUUCCCGAUUCUUUUACGACGUGCGUUUGGCUCAACGAUCCAUCUUAGCAGCCCUUCCUGGCAUUUGUUCCAUGGCUUUAGUGGUGGCAGCGUACUUUUUUGUAUACAUGACCUUUGGCUACCUGGUAUUUGGCCAGUAUGAAUGGAACUACAAUACCAUGACUCAUUCUGCUCAGACUGUGUUUUCAUAUUGUGUUUCAGCUUUUAAAGACACUGCCUUUGAGUCCAACCGGGUGCUGGGCGGUCUCUUUCUAGCUUCGUUCAUGAUGGUCAUGAUCUGUGUUUUGAUCAAUUUAUUUCAAGCCGUGAUAAUGUCUGCUUAUGAGGACAUGAAGCAGCCUGUCUAUGAAGAACCUUCAGAUGAAGCAGAGGUGGUAAAUUUUCUGUUUAAUAAGCUUCGCAGGAUAUGUUUUUUUAUAACCUGCAGGAAAGCAUCUACGGCUGAUACAGAACUUUUCAAUCGAGUUCUGUUUGGGCAUCCAGAGAGAAGAAAUAAGCAUCACCUGGGCCUCAAAGCUAGAAAAGUAAAUGGCCGGAAAAUAGUUUAUCUUGUCAUAUAA